AACAGUCUUUCUUCUAUUGAUGAUCUGUCUACAUCCCGCCAGAAAGCCAACGCAAGAAAAAGUGUUCCUGACAUGGUCACGGUCUUGAAGGAUCUCGGCAAUGUCAAGCUGCGAGCCAUAGAAAGGUCGCCAGGUGGGACUCCAGUAAAACGACGGCUCGAGAGGGAGCCAACCGAUCCAGCAGCCAUCAUUGCCCAAGCUUUGAAGAAGAAAUUUUCAAGCCAUUGGGGUUUCAGUUCAGAAUCUGACAAAGAUUACGAUUCAAGUUCCUUUGCCUCAGAUCAUUCCACUUCC